AUGUUCAAUUUGACAAAUAGAAUUCAAACAGUUGGAAACCAAGCAUUGACUUCUGCAAUUGUGAUAGUAGCAGCUGUUAUUGCUCUAACUUUAUUACAAUUGAAUCAUGAUGGAGUAUGGAAUAUUAAUACUACUUCAAUAACUAAUAUACAACCAAGUGCUUCAAUAAAAUAUUCAUUUCAAUAUGGUGCUGUCAAUAGAAAACCGAAAGAAAAUUCAAAAAUUCAAUUUGAUUUGGAUGCUGAUUUGACACCAUUAUUCAAUUGGAAUACAAAACAAGUAUUUGUUUAUUUGACAGCUGAAUAUCCUGGUAAGAGUGAAGGGUCUUCAAAUAAAGUAACUUAUUGGGACAAAAUCAUUAAAUCAAAGGAUGAUGCCAAACUCCAUUUGGUCAAUCAAAGAGGUAAGUAUUCAGUAUGGGAUGUAGAAAAAUCAUUUAGAGGAAGAAAUGCCACUGUUAGACUCGAAUGGAAUAUACAACCUCAUAUUGGUCCAUUGAUCUUUGGACUGACUGAAACUUCUGCUCAAUUUCAAUUCGAAGAGAUCAAUAAGAAAACUCAUUGA